AUGAACAAGACCGGUCUUCUAAGGCGUUUUAGUGACUUGCUUCGCCAUUCCCCACCUGACAAAGAGCCAGGGUUGGCAGGAAGAGACCCAAGACAGGAGAUCGCGGAUAGCAUUGUUGAGGAUGAUCUGCCAGCACAAGAUACUCAAUUCCUCCUUUCACUAGGCCACCUACGAUUUGAGUUCACCAAUUCCAAUGAUGCGAGUAAGUUUCAGGACGAACUGGAGACUUUUUUCCUGGAAAAUCGUGAGACGGAGCCAUCUCCCGGUCAACAUGUUUCGAUCUCACGUGAAAAUUCCGAAGGCGCAGGUUCACCGUCGCCUAUAGUGAUCCCUGAGCAUAUUGAUGGCCUCGACAUACGACCAAGGAGGGAAUCAAUGGGCAACCAAUUCAACAUCCCAAAUAUCUGGGACCCAUUGCGGCCAGGUCCUCUGCGCAGACCAUCAAAUGGCGUCAACAAUCCAGGAUUUGCCCGGCCCCCUAUGUCUCCCGAGACUGCAACUUUACCCCAGGUUACCAAGGAUCUGGAUUAUCGGAUCCGGGGAAUAAAGCCUGAGCAUACAGGUCCUGAUUUACUCUCAUACCUCAGUCGUAAGCUUGGUAUUGAGCCGACCGUCGUGGGACGCAUCAAAGCUCUGGCUACAAGUCAGACGGGAGACAAGGUGGCAGUUGUGGCGUGGAGGCCCCAACCUGCGUGUUUGUCGACGCCGGGGAAGGAGGAAUGGGAAUUUGGGCCGACCUCUGAUGAAGACGAUACAUAUAUCACCGUCGAUACUCAUUUUCGCGGAGUGACUGUUCUCUACUCUCCGCCUCCCGAUGUGCCGCACAUGAUCGAUGUAUGCGCCGUUGCCGGCCUUGGCGGCCAUGCUUGGGGAUCGUUCAAAUACAAGGGUGCAUCUCAGUCUUUCAUGUGGGUGUUGGACGUACUACGAGACCGUCUUCCGAACGCUCGGUUGAUGACCUAUGGCUCCAAAACAAGGCUCGAUGGGAACGAGUCAACACAAACAUUGAAAGAUUUAGGCAAACUCUUACGGGAUGAGAUGCGAAGCGUUAUGAGACGCCGGUCCCAGUCGGUCUUGAGCUCUACAAUGUCUCACCUUGGGAAUGCCUUCGCCGUUCCUUCGUUCUUUAUUGCGCAUAGUCUUGGAGGACUUACUGUGAAAGAGGCACUAUUACAGGAAAGGGAGAGUCCGGAAGCCGGCAGUUUCUUCAAAAACCUCCACGGCGCCCUAUUCUUCGGUGUACCAAGCCACGGCAUGCAUGUCGAAGUUCUUGAAGGGAUGAUCCGAGGUCAACCCAAUGAGUUUCUCGUCAAGUCUAUCAUGUAUGAAUCCGAAACUCUACAAGAUCUCAGUCGAAAGUUCAAAUCGGAAUCCGCCAGAUCAGAUUCUUCAAUGAAAAUGCCGAAGAUCAUAUACUUUUACGAGAUGGAACCUUCUUUCUCACCGAAAAAGACUGCGGAUGGACAGUGGAAGAUGAUAGGAACCCCGAAGAGGAUUCUUGUCGAUCGCGGUUCCGCUACAGAUGGCGAAGUUUGGGGUGCGGGUCACAUCAAUACACACCCUCUCAAUCGCAACCAUUCCGACCUUGUGAAGUUCAGCAGCCCAAAUGAUCCAGACCUCGAGCGUGUCUUGCACGAACUGCUAAACUUGGUGGGGUACGUCGACAUCGACACCUUAGAGGAAGAAUUGGACUGA